UGCCUUGAUCUAGACAUGGCCAAGAGCAGUUUGUGUGUGGCGCCUCUAAUCUGCCAGUUUUUGGGCCUGCAGGCCGCCUUACUGGACACUUUGGUGGAUCAAAGCAAUAUAUAUUACCUAAGAGCAUCGGCCACCGAGGAACUGCUGCUGAGUAAAGUAGAACAAGUGGAGAGGCUGGACUCGGUCAAGUUGAUUGUUCAUGGUUAUUUGGGAUCAAGGACUCAUGGUUCUAUAAUGCCACUGAGAAAUGCCUAUACCGCCCAGGGCUAUGAAAAUAUCAUGGUGGCCGAUUGGGGGCCUGUGGCCAACCUGGAUUACCCCACCUCUCGGUUGGCGGUUAAGAAAGUUGGUCGCAUGUUGGCCAAAAUACUGGAGGAGUUCCUGCAACGCCAUGGCAUCUCCACGGAUGUAGUUCAUGUCAUAGGACACAGUCUGGGUGCCCAUAUAGCCGGACGCAUUGGUCGCUAUUUUAAUGGAACUCUUGGCAGGGUCACGGGUUUGGAUCCCGCUCUGCCCCUUUUCUCGAGUCGCUCUGAUGACAGCCUCCACUCGAAUGCCGCUCAAUUUGUGGAUGUCAUACACACGGAUUACCCUUUGUUUGGGGAUCUGCGACCUCGAGGCGCUGUGGAUUUUUAUCCCAAUUUUGGACAGACUCCACAGCCGGGCUGCGAGGAUGUGGAUUUGAUAGCUGCCAGUAAGCUCCUUCAUGAGGCUUACAGUUGCAGUCACAAUCGCGCUGUUAUGUUUUAUGCAGAGUCUAUAGGCAUGCCCAGGAAUUUUCCAGCCAUUUCGUGCAGCUUUCAGGCCAUUAAAAGUCGGCGUGUUGAGAGUUGUUUGAAGGAUAAUACGGAAAUUAUAGAAGAAGAUCGGUUUAUAUAUAUGGGCGAGCAUGUGAAUCGCAGCGCCACCUUGUAUUUUUAUUUGGCAACUAAUGGAGCACCACCUUACGGCCAGGGCAGGAACUCUAAGUUCCUAAGUUGAAUUCUUG